CGAUCCAGCCCAACUCAUUUCAGCCCACUCUUGCUUAUAUAUUCAAGCAAUCAACUUAUAUUUUUCUUAUUCAAUGUCUCUUCUUUAGACAAAAUUGCGGCGCUAAAUGUCAGAACAAAUAAAUGCCGCUCUUUUCAAAUGCAAAUCAUGGUCCCCCGACAUUCAACGGGAACGAACUUGGCUCAAACGCCGUAAGAACCACCGUCUCCGUCUCGCUGCCGAACGCCGCCGCAUCACCACCGCCGAUGACUGCCGUUCAUUGAGCCUCAACGCCGCCGAUGAACGCCGUCGUUCCAUGGACUGCUUGACUGACGUUGACGUCGAUGAAUUCCGUGCUUGCUUUGAAUUAGGAUUCGGAUUCGAUCCGAAUUCUGAUUUGGAUCCGAAGCUAACCAGUGCUUUUCCCGCUUUGGAGCUUUAUCAAGCUGUUAACAAGUUAUCUCGAUCCUCCUCUUCUGUUUCGAUGGUAACUUCUGACUCUGAAACUCCUUCAUCUGUUGAGAGCUCCGUCUCCAUUGUUGAACCAGGUGAUGAUCCGGAGACAGUGAAAAUGAGGUUGAGACAAUGGGCACAAAUGGUGGCUAUUUCAGUGCGUGGAUUACCUUCCAUAUAGUGAUUGAUUCAGAAUUAAUUUAAAAGUUUAGUGAUAUUCGAUCGAUAUAUUACUAGAAUAUUACGUAGGUGCAAUGCAAAACUCUGUUGUAAGAUUAGUAGAUGCAAAACAAGAUGUAGAACUUUAUGUAUUGAGCAGUUGAAUAAAUGGAACUGGAUGCUUAAUUUACUACUUAUGUUUUUUGAAUUAAAAUUAU